GAUACCACUCUACGAUACAACUGCCACCCAUCCUGCUGCUACCUUGGGGUUGCAAAACAUCCACCCGACUGUCUCUGUGCGGCAUGCAGCUCCGUGUAAAGUCCGUUCGUUGCAGCCCCCAUCUUGCCGAAUCCGCAUGCGGAACUACACAAGACUUGACUACUUUACAAUUUACAGGAGGUAUGGGGAACAGGGUAAAACAGAAAAGUGAGAAAUACGACCAAAACAAAACCAACACUAAUACAACGAGGAUGAAGAAGACUGUCAUCGUCAUAUACGGCCUUGUACUUGUAGCAGCAGCAGCAAAAUCAGGUAGCAGUACAUACAUCGUCAUCUUAUCGCAGCAGAGGGGACAUCUCCGAGGAUUUGGGCGGGAACAAGGUCCAGCAAUUCCGAUAACAUAUCACUUUUUUUUUUUCCUUCUCCUUCUCCUUCUCUUUCUUCUUUUCUUUUCUUUUUUACCUUCUUACUGCACUCCCCAAUAUUUCCCGUCUUACCGCGUUUUCCCCUGCCCUAUAUACAAGACAAGGUAAAGAAAAGGGCAGUGUCCCACGCACUGUCCACGUCCACGGUGAAUGCAACCUUUUACUUUUUGAUGGAGCGCCAUGAAGAAGUAUUCGCUCCAUGUUCCUGCAUGCAUGCUGCACUCACUCUCGCUCUUCCUUGUGCUUGUAGAAUUUCCCGUUUUCACCCUCGCGCUCUGCACAAUACGACAUUGCGUACAUCCAGCUUUUAUAUAGGUAGACAAGCGUGUACUACCUAGUCUAGUUGUUAUAAA